CUCUGAAAAAAAACACGUAAACAUGCGUUGAUCACAGAUUAUCGACCUUGACCUAGAUGAGGACUACAUUGCCCGGAUGUUACGUUGUGUAUCCAUUUUGUAAACGCAUGUACGCAGGGAUUUAUUUUCAACAUAACUGCUGCUUAAAGCCUUCCAGAUCGAUCAUUUACCAAGUGAGAAAUGUCCAAGAAUAUCUGAAAGUAGUGGUUGCCCUUAUACCAUUGAUUUGAUGGAAAUGUCCAUAGUUACAUCAACUGUACCAUCUUCUGGCUAUGAUGAUAUUCCUCAACAACUGUCUCCUAUUACUUCUGCUGUACUAUCACAACAAGUUCCUGUUAGUAAUCUGGCCACACCAGUAACACUGAGUAUCAGUACAGACGUUCCUUCUAGCAGAUGUAGCAGUUCCAUAACGUCCAAAAGUAUGCCGGUGAAAGCGGGGAACGGUAGAACGCCCACUUGUAAAGUUUGUGGAGAUGAAUCAUCAGGGUACCAUUAUGGGGUGGACUCAUGUGAGGGUUGUAAGGGCUUCUUUAGAAGAUGUAUAACACAGGGAAUGACACAUAAAUGCUCAAAUGAAGAAAAGUGUGAAAUAACGCCUUUUACUCGAAAUUCCUGCCAGUAUUGUAGAUUAAAAAAGUGUUUUGCUGUUGGAAUGUCCAGAGAAGCAUCCCGAUUAGGCAGACGACCAAAGCGGUUAAAAGAUUCAAGCGGCGUAGAACCAAAAAGAGAGACCAACGUGCCUAUUGCACCAUAUCCUUCACCAGCAGAACUUUACAAACUUAGAAUGGCAGAAUUGCAGAGAUUACUCCAGCAGAAUGGGACAUUCAAGUCCGAAUUGAUGCAGGCGUUCUUGUCGGCGGCUCAGGUCAGCUUCCGAGAGCAUCAACGUAACAGCAACAGUAAUGACAAUCAGAAAAACAAGAAGAACGUCCAGCAGUCCAAACAGAGCGGGACAGAAUCUGGGUAUACCUCUAGUACUGUGAGCAGUCCAACUAGUAACACCAGUCACUCGCCUAAUAUCAUAGAUCAAAAUAUCCAGAAUAGAAACCAGUUGAAUAUUGACUCAAAAUCUGGAAUCAUUGAGGAUCUGGACAAUUUUAAAAUAUCCUCUGAAAAUACCUCGGUCACAGAUAAUAGUCAUACUUUGUUGCCGACAACUACGUCAUCAUUAACCACUGAAACAAAAGAUUUAUCUGCAGAUGUUAAAAUUGAACCAGGACUUGAUAAUAGGGAGUUCACAGCCAUGACACAAGUUGUUGAUAAUUCAAGCAGUACUAUGAUGGGCGGAAUGCCGCCAAUGCCAGAUGCAGCGUCACCUUUCACGAUGCCGGAACUUUCUCCGGACAUGAUGAUGAUGAUGCCGGACAUGAUGGAAAUGAUGGGAGAUGGAAGCAUGAUGUCUGGAAUGAUGAGUGGCAUGAUGCCGGAAAUGAUGGUAGAACAGCUUCCGGAACCUGAUGAUAAUGCCAAUGAGAUUGACAUUGAGAGAAUCAUGGAGGAAGUAAAACAUGUGCCGUCUUCGCUACGGCAACAACUGAUUGACCAGGUGAUACAGACUGUCUCCGAGGCCCACAUGGCAACAGUUACACCCACCAGACAGAAGGUUGCUGAGGCUGAUGAAAAAUUUGCCAAGAAAGUGUUGGAAGGAAACUUGCCUGACUUGUCAAAGCUGUCAAUCAGCCCUACUCACAUGUGGCAAAAAAUGAUUAAAAAUAUGGUUUUUGAGAUAACACAGGCUGUGAGAUUCUGCAAGAAGUUACCAGGGUUUGGUGAGAUUCAGCAGGAUGAUCAAAUUGUGUUGAUAAAGAAAGGCUCAUUUGAGAUUUUACUGUGCCGCAUGUGCCUCCUUGUGGACCAUGUCAAAGAAGAGAUGUUUGACCCCAUGAUGGAAAUGAAAUGCCCUAGAAUGGUGAUAAGGAACAUGCCAAUGGGUCCAUUUAUUGAUGAGUUCUUUAAUGUGGCGAUACAGCUAAACCCACUCAGACUGACGGAUGAGGAAAUUGGAAUCUUCUCAGCUGCCCUCAUUAUGUGUCCAGAACGAGAGGGAUUGACCAACGUUCUUGCUGUAGACAAGCUGCACACACUCUUUUUACAGUCUCUGUAUUAUGAAAUGAGGAAUAACCACAAUGACUAUGAAAGCAAAUUUGCUAGACUUCUUAGUGUAAUCCCAGUGUUUAGAAAUGUGAAUGCAAAGCACUCCAUGGCGUUGAAUGCGAUGAAAAUGCAAAAGGCUAGUGUGGUUGAAGACUUCCCAGAACUUCACAAAGAAAUUUUUGAUAUCAAAGAUGAUAAUUAGAAUUUUGAUAUAGUUGACAGAAGUGGGGUAAAAGUUGAAAGGGGCUUUCCAGUCAGUUCAGAUCUCGUGAUGUUUUUCUGUAAACUAGCAUGAUGUUAGUAAUUUACUGGACAGUAGAGACAAUUUCCGGGUGCAUUGUGCUAUAAAGCAGUGUUACUACUUUUAGAAUAGUAGACUGUGACACUGACUUGAUGAAGUUUAUGGAAAAGCUUGUAAACAUUGAAUAAAAUGGCACAUGGUGCCAAGCUGUCAAGUGCUAUGACUAAAAAAAAAAUAGAAAGAAGAAACAGUUUAGUAUGUUUGCUUGCCUUUCUUAAAUAUAACUUCAUAUUCAGUUUAUAUAGGAAAACUUGUUAUGACUUAAGGUAGUUCUGUAAGGUUGAUAACAUAGUAACAUUUUUUUCUGGAUAAUGUAGAAUAAAGCCUGAAUUUGGUGUACAAAAAAUGAAAUUCAUUUUAUGAAUUAAUGGCAACCUGUGAGUGAAUUUAUUACAAUGGCAGUGUAGUAUGAUAUUAAAACAUCCAACUUUUUAAGUAAUUUUUACAAAAAAUGUCUUAAAAUCAGCAUGAAAUGUGUGGAUCACUUUAAUCAUUGGCAAAUAUCCCCGAAACAAGUACACGGACAUAUUCAUUUAACUUCACCAUACUAUAGGCCAUAUGUUUAUUUACAACUGAAAAGUUCCAUUAAAAUCUAUUGGCGAAAAUGUUAUCAAAAUUAUAAUUUUCCCAUAGACUCCUAUUAUGAAAACUUUUUUGUGGUCCAAAUUUUUCAAAUCAGUCUAGCAAAAAAUCGAGCACACGACCCUAUCUUUUUUACUUGCCAAAUAUUCUUAGCAUAUUCUGAAGUUUUGAAAAAUGAAGGUUUAAUUAAAUUCUACAUUGUAGACAAUUUUUCAUCCGAAAGUGCAGAACUACCUUAAAGGAAGCAGGUUUCUGAUUUAGGUAAUGAGAAAGCUGCAGAUAGACGGCAUCGCUCAUUAACUCAUGUCAGGGAAAGGUUGAUCCAUCUGUAUUAGUGUCAACGUUGAAUCAUACAAUUAUUUGUUACUGAUAUAUUAUAUGUUUAAAAAAAAAAUGUUUUUGAAUAUAGCUGUACAUUAUAUCUGUUAGAGCUUAAGAAUUUAUCAAGAACUUGCUUGCAUUGGCCACACCAAGCUUUUUAAGGCCAGUUACAUAAAGGGGAAAAAUAAUGAAAAAAAAUGACCCUUUAUACAAUUUUGUUGAGUGAUUAGAGUGAUCCUAAUUAGAAGUAUGAGAGCAGUUUGACUACCAUUUUUUCUAGGCAUCAGUACUGGUGAGGUAGCCAGGAAACGGAUGCUCCUAGGCAUCAGUACUGGUGAGGUAGCCAGGAAACGGAUGCUCCUAGGCAUCAGUACUGGUGAGGUAGCCAGGAAACAGAUGCUCCUAGGCAUCAGUACUGGUGAGGUAGCCAGGAAACAGAUGUUUCUAGGCAUCAGUACUGGUGAGGUAGCCAGGAAACGGAUGCUCCUAGGCAUCAGUACUGGUGAGGUAGCCAGGAAACGGAUGCUCCUAGGCAUCAGUACUGGUGAAGUAGUCGGGAAACAGAUGUUAAGCUUUCUCUGCAAUCAAUGAAUUACAAUGCAUUUAAAGUAACUAAAGAAUGAUAUUAUUAUGUGAAAAGAUAAGAGUAUAAGUUUACAUCAUUCAUUUACAUUUAUUGUGUAUAUAUAUAUAUAUAUAUGUAUAUUCAUCAUGUAUAACAACACCAUAUACAAGACUAAAUUUGAAACUGCUUAUAAACAAGGUGUCUAAUUGUACUCUGUUUUAUUUUUAUACAAUUAUAAAUGGUAAAUGUCUGUUGAUGGACAACAUUACAAGAAUCAAAACAGUGCAAACAUACAGGCAUGAUAAAUACUGUAAAAUCAUUUAAUUUCAUGGGCACAACAUUUCGUGGUUUGGGUCAAAACAGCUAUUCGAUGGGGAUAUAAACUUUGAACAUAUAAAAAUUUGACAUUGUACUGGUUUGGUUGGAUUCAGUUUCCUGGAUUGACUCAACCAUGAUAUCCAGGAAAAGUAGUCCGUACGAAUAUGAACCCUUAUCCUGCUGAAUUUCUAUAAUGAAUUUGGAUAGUACCAUUAACUGUCAAAAUGGGGUUCCUUACCAAAAAGACUCUGAUGUGCAGGCUGAUUAUGAUUUGCACUGUUGGCAAAGACAAAAUCAUUAGUGUCCCCAUGAAUAUUAAUGACUUUACAGUAUAGCAGCUUAUUGAAGAUUCUGCAUGGGUUUUCCUUGUGCGUUGCUAAUUCCUUCAUUUGAUAUAUUAUGUGAUAACAAAUAGAUUUGUGCAUUACAAUACGUGAAUUUGAAGUGGUUUUUUUUUUAGUGUAUACUUUUUAUUUUCUUGAUGAUAGGCAAAAUAUUAGAAGAUUCGCAUAAAAUGUUAAGACAAUCAGUGCUCAUAUUUUAGCUAUAAUUUUUUUCUCUUUCAUUUUAUAAGCCAUGUCUUGUGAAGGAAAAAGCAACCAAUUUUAGUUUAUCUUUUAGCAUAAUAGAUAUUCAUCCCAGAUUGAAGUAUUUUUGAAGAGGCUUACAAAAUUUUGAUACAGAAAAAGUCUAUUCCUGUCAUUUGAAAAUCACUGGUUGUUUUCUAGUGUACUAUAAGUACACAACUGUGUAUGAUUGUUAUUUUACAGAUAACCAUUGCUUUACAUUUGAACAUUUUUAUAGGUGAAAAUUUUACGGGUGAGCCCAACUGCUUCACUUUAAGCUUGUGAUAUUAGAAUUUAUUUGUACAUAUUUUAUUCUUACAGCAUUUUUGGAAAAAUAUUUUACCCAUGAAUUCAGAAUUGAAGCUGUAGAUUUCAUUUUAUCAUUUUAGUCCAAGUUAGUGAGUGUUGCUCACUAAUUCUGUUGAUUUUAUUUCAAAAUGUACAUUUUGUCAUGAAUAUAUUGCAUUUUUCAUUAGUGAGAUAUUAAGUGUAAAUGAAAUCAUAUUGUGCUGUUUAAGAAUAUAUACUGUGAAAAUCAAUAAAGGUUAGAAACAUC